AUGGAGUAUUCGGCUGACGAUAAAACAAGUAGUCCGGUCUCAACUCAGCUGGCUGAUAUCGUCAAUAAGAGAUGGUCGUCAAAAUUAUCGGACGACAAAUUCAAAGAGAAAAUAGCAAAAUAUGACCGACCAGAUAACUGCGAACGAUUGUUUGCUCCCAAG